ACGCCUUCAAUCCUCACCAACUCCUCUCCGUUUCCCUUCAAACUUAUUCAUCCAUUUCUUGCCCUAGAACUCCAAGAAAAAAAAUGGCUAUUAGAAAACCAAACAAACUGCCACAACCUGCAGUUUUGAAGCAAAUUCUCAAAAGAUGUUCAAGUUUAGGCAAGAAACAUGGGUUUGAUGAAAAUAGUCUUCCACUUGAUGUCCCAAAAGGUCAUUUUGCUGUUUAUGUUGGAGAAUACAGAAGCAGAUAUAUUGUUCCCAUUUCAUUUUUGACUCAUCCUGAGUUUCAGUGUCUUCUCCAACGUGCAGAAGAAGAGUUUGGAUUUGAUCAUGAAAUGGGACUCACUAUCCCUUGUGAAGAAGUCGCUUUUCGAUCUCUAACAUCGAUGAUCAGAUAAUACGGGCCUAUUUUUUCAUAGUCAGUCCCAAGCCCGGGUAAAGGAUGUGGGUUGAUGAUCAAUCAGUGCCAAACUUUGUCAAAUCUAACGACACGACGAUUCGUAAUACACAUCUGUUGUUGUUAGAGAGAGAUGAUCAAGAUGACGCUCAGAAUUGCUGUCUGCUUCUCUCUUUUUUAACAUCUUUCUUCACAGUAGUUUGAUCAUUUUUCCAUUCGGGUGGGUGUUUGUAUUUUUCUUGUGACUUUUCAAGUCCCAGACCAAAGAAAACCCAUGAAUAUUUCUGGGUUAAAUUUGUAAAAAGUUUUGAAUUCUUUUUCCAGAGUUGUUUUCCUUACAACCUGAGAAAGAAUUUGAUGUUUAAGGAAAGACUAAAUUAUGUCCAGUGAUUGAAUUAUUGAAUGUUGAAUAAUACUUUCGAAUU